AUGGAAAACUUCAGGAUAAUUUAUUUAUUUUAUUGCUUAUUAAUUAUUAAUUCACUAAUACCACACUUGUCACUAGGAAAUGAUGUUUCAUUAGAUAUUCCAAAUGAUAUAAAAAAUUAUUUAUAUGAUUCCCAUUUUUAUAAUUUAACUAAAAAUCUCGAAUAUAAUGAGUUUAAAUAUUUCAUGAUGGUAUAUCUUAUGAACAUAUAUGGUUGGAGUUCUUAUGUAAAACAAAAAAUGUUAUUAUAUAAUAAAAAUAAAAUGAGAAGUAUUAUCUAUGAAGAGGCAAAAAAAGAAAAUUUGGAUUUAUCAGAUAAUCAAAUAGAUGAUAUAAUUAGAAUAUCUCGUAUUAAUAUAGAUAUGUUAAGAAAAGAAAGGUCAGAUAAACAUGAAGUUAAUGAUCUUUAUUGUCUAGGGAGAAUGUUCGAUUUUCAAACUUAUAAAGGUGAGAAAUUAAAAGAAAUUAUUAAUGAUAUGAAGCAUUUUUGGAACAUUAGUGAAUUAAUCAGAGAUAAAGAUCUUGAGUGGAAAAACAAAAAGUGGGAUUUAUGGGAGUCUAGUCUUAAAGAUAAAGUUAAAAUAUUAGAUAAAAAAGAUAGUAUGCUUAAUUAUGUAUUAUUCCAUAAAAAGGCAACAAAAGAAAUUUGUCAUACUGUUUAUGAAUAUUUAAAAAAAUCAUGGGUGGAAACUUAUCGUGCUCCAUUUAUGUCAGAAUUUCAUGAUUUUAUUUAUAAGUCUUUAGAGGAAUUCAAAGAAAAUAAAGAUACAAAUGACAAAAAUAAAGAGGAAGUAAAUGAAAUAAAUUAA